AGUGAUCUUUGAGGAUGUGGCUGUGAACUUUACUCCAGAUGAGUGGGCAUUGAUGGAUCAUGGACAGAGGAAACUCUACAGAGAUGUGAUGCUGGAGACCUGCAGGAACCUGGCUUUAGUAGAUUGUUGUACUCAAGUGAAAAGCAGUGUAUCUAGCCUUCGGCAUGAGAUUCUGAAAAGUAAUAUAUGCAGUGAAAAGAACAUAGUAAUACUCACAAGAAAUGAUUCCUGGUAUGUUGUUGGAGAAAAUUGGUUGCUAUAUAAUAUUCCAAGUCAGCACCAAACCCAGGAGAAAAGUUUGAGAAAUUUUGUGGAUACUGUUUGUGGAAGUCAUGAAAAAAAUGAACGUGGAAAAACCUUGAAGAUUACAAACUUUACCAUACACAAGAGCUAUUCAAGCAGACUGAACCCCUAUGAACACAUUAAGUGUGAAAAAUCCUUCACGGAUGGUUCUUUCUUGAAGAAUCAAAAAAACGCUCUUACCGGAGAUAAACGAUAUCAAAGUGAAAAAUGUGGGCCAGCCUGCAGUUGUGCCUUAUGCCAAAGCACUCACGUAGACAAAGGUGCUGUAGAUAGUCCCUAUGAAUGUCAAGUUGCUAGGAUAGCCUCUACCAGAUAUAAAAAGAAUCUCAGUAGUGGAGAGAAACCCUAUGAAUGUCAGGAAUGUGGGAAAGCCUUCACUCGGUCUUCACACCUUCAGGCACAUGUGCGCAUGCAUACCGGGGAGAAACCCUUUGAAUGUCAGCAGUGUGGGAAAACAUUCAGUCAGUCUUCCAACCUUCAGACGCAUGUUAGGAAACACACUGGGGAAAAACCCCACGAAUGUCAGGAAUGCGGGAAAGCUUUCAUCCAUUCUUCAGAGCUUCAGGCGCACGUGAGAAUGCACACUGGAGAAAAACCCCACGAAUGUCAGGAGUGUGGGAAAGCUUUCAGUCAGUUCUCAGCCCUUCAGACACAUCUGAGACUCCACACUGGGGAGAAACCCUACGAAUGCCAGGAAUGUGGGAAGGCUUUCAGCCGAUCGUCACACCUUCAAACACACGUGCGGAUGCAUACGGGGGAGAAGCCUUAUGAAUGUCAGGAGUGCGGGAAAGCUUUUAGUCAAUCAUCCACCCUUCAGACCCAUGUAAGGAAGCACACUGGAGAGAAACCCUAUGAAUGUCAGGAAUGCGGGAAAGCCUUCAGUCAGUCUUCAGCCCUUCAAACCCACGUAAGGAAGCACACUGGUGAAAAGCCCUAUGAAUGUAAAGAAUGCGGGAAAGCCUUCAGUUGUUCCUCAUCCCUUCAAGCACACAUGAGGAUGCACACUGGAGAGAAACCCUAUGAAUGUCAGGAAUGUGGGAAAGCGUUCAGUCAGUCUUCACACCUUCAGAGACAUGUCAGAAUUCACAGGAGAGCAGUCCUGUGAAUCUCAGGAAUGUCAGAAUGCUUUCGAUUCACCCCCCCCAUCCCUUCAAAACAA